CAUCAUGUCCACAACACCAAUAUCGAUUAUAUAUUAACUAUAUAGAGCCAUGGCUUCCCUCAGACUUCAGUGUCGAAUCCUCUCUCAAUACUGCCGCCUCUGGUGCAUAAUAUAUCCACUCCCUUUAACCUCAUAUUCCUAUCCUCAAAAUGGUGUGCUUCCUCAAUCUCUUGGGCUCCUUUGGCUUCUUAACCUUGGGAGGGUUCUCUGGCUUCCACCAGCGAUUUAUGUGCCUUCCGAGUUGUAAGUUAUGAAGCCCUACUAUACUCUCGUCAUCUCGAUCAACCCAAGGCCAAUAAUGAUAUAUCUCUUCAGCGUCGGCCCACUCGUGAUAUAUCUCAUCGUCGUCGAUCCUGCCAACAUAAACUGCGAUCAGCUGAGCACUUCUAGAUUACAAGAGGCUACUUACCAGAGUUCAUUUCUAAUUCGUGUCCAGAAAGCCCUCGUACUUAGCUCAGUUCUAUCUCCCAAAACCUUGACGUUGCUCACGUCGGUUCCAACUUGGUACAAGUCACGAACUUCCUCCAACAGCCUCUCGUAGAGAAGUUCUCCCAUCAAGGCAUCUUCCUCGCCCGCAUCUAAGCACCUCCCCAGUGGCUGUUGCUUGAAAAAUGCCUUCCAUCGCUCGAGUCUCUCUUCGUAAGACUCCUGGUAUUCAUCUCCUUCGUCGCUGCUGGCUUCCCUAGUGCUCUGCCUCGUGUUUCCUGAAUAUUCAACUUCUGAUUUGCAGUCCAGAAAUCCCUUCCAUUUUGGGCUGUUGACCACAUUAAUAUCUGAGGGAUUCCUUCCUGUCAUCGUGGCGAUGGUCUGCUGAAGCUGGGCUUUCGUGGUGGUUGUUCUUGGUGUUGAAGGGCGAUAAUCUCCUUGAGCUCUACAAAGCCCAAACAUCGUAGGAUCAAUCUCCAUACUUUCCGCUGUGGUUUGUUCUUAUAUAAUUUCAAUACUUGCGCCGCCUGUCAAUCGUUAAUGGCUGUUUUGAGACACCUUCCCUAAGCUAAAAGGAUAGACAGUCUGACCGUGAAUGCUUUUCUACACUUUUUGUAUGAUUCACAGGUAAUGAAGUUUUUAUGCCAUUACUAUUAGGAGAACAAAGUAUUUGAAUUAUGGAGCUCUCUAUAGCAUUUUCCAGAUUAUGUUUUUCAUAACUUCAAACUGUUUACGAGAUCGCAGUAAAUGGGUGUAUGAAGUAGAAAGCGAGAGCAGGGAGCGUUAAGUGGAGGGCUACGACUGGCUAUGACCAGCUCACUUGCCAUUCACACACGCAUUGUGUUUCUCCCCUUUCAAUCUGUUAUUCUCUUGUUUGACAUCAUCGCAAUCACUCGAACUGGCUGUGAUUCUACUGUGCAUUUAUUAGAAGAAAUUAGGGUUCAUUAUUUUAAGGGGCAUCCUAGCCUUGCACUCAAACGAUUUGACAACCCAUAUUACGCAGAAAAUCGUUUGUCCCAACGAAGAUGUUUAAGAAUGGAGCCAGCAAAGAAACCAACAGAAAAGCCAAAGAAAUAAGUGCGGAACUCCGAGGCUUACCUCCAGAAUGGAAUGUGGACUUUGAUAACGCUCAGCUUCGAGUCGUCUAUACCAAGGGGUCAGAGAGGACUUGGCAUCACCCGACUUUGGGAAGACUCCCGGAGCCAUGGUAUCUCAAGGUUUGUCCUCCGUCUUGCAAGUUUAGACGCAGCUGACAUAUUAUUCCAAGAUUAUUACAAAGCCCAACGGGUCAUGGCAAGUUUUCUUUGGAUGCCUUUUAUUCUCGAAGAUUGAAAUCCCGCUGACUUGGAUUUUAUUGCAGGGACAUACGAUACUACAAUCCCGACACCGAAGAAAAGACAAUGAGGGACCCAAGAUAUACAGAUGAAAACCUUCGGAAAGUGACCCAGACAGCACCAAAGGAGCACCAAACUUCCGCUAGCUCUCGAAGGAACCGAGAUCAGUAUGGCAGACCAUUAGAUCUCAAUCUUUUCGAACGGGCACCUAUCAAGAACUACGAUUACUCGAGGGAUUUCGAAGUCGUUCACACCAUUGACGAUGGUCAAGGGGGAAUUGGUGGUAUGAAUGGGGGUGUGUUUGUGGUUCGGCUGAAGAACGUAAAAGGAGCGCGACUGGAGGUUGAGAAGAAAUUUCCUCCAGACUUAUUGCAGUUUGCCAAAGAAGAAAUCGGGAUUGUGCGGAAAGUCAGACAUGCGUCUAUGACCAGUUACUUAUCAUCUUUUAUAGUAGAACAGGGACCACGGCCGUGUGCAUCCCUUUUUAUGGAGUUUUGCGAUCGAGGGUCUCUUAGAGACCUCAUCAGGCAAUAUUGCAAAAGGAACGAACAGCCUGUACAACGAAUUCCGGAGCCUUUCGCGUGGCACGUAUUUGGUUGCCUUUUGGAUGCAUUGUCCUUUCUCCAGAUUGGCGUGUCGUUAGCACAGCAUCCAGAUGCCCAGCUAGAUCCAAAAUGGGUACCGAUAUUACAUAGAGAUAUCAAGCCAGACAACAUUCUUCUCAGGUCCAGAAGCACAGUAGGAACGAAGAAUUACUUCUACUGUGUCCUCAGCGAUUUCGGACUCGCAUGCUUCGAAUAUCCAGACGGCCAUCCCCUACAAAAUGACGCCCAGAAAAGCGGAGGAAAGUGCGGUACAUCAGCCUUCUUCGCACCCGAACUAUGCCAGGAUCCUUACCCUCGAGAUCCACGAGAACGAUUUCCCACUGGCUUCCGUCACUCCAGACGAUCCGAUCUUUGGGCCCUAGGAGCAUGUAUCUUCGUCCUCUGCAACGCACCACACCCCGACCAGGAUCUGAGUCACCUCAGUUUCGGAAGCAUGAAAGUCGAUCCCAGCCUUUGGGUUGCGGGGCAACAGCCACGAAGAGAUAAAGGCAAACUGACUAUUUCGGUUAGGUAUUCAAGGCCGCUUCAGAAGGCUAUUGAGAUUGCGACGGCUUGGAGUCCGUAUAAUCGCCCGAGUCCUCAGAGGAUGCUGUUGGAGUUCAAUACCCUUCUCAAGGCGAGUGGGUUUACGAAGCCUGAGCCACCGUUGCCUGAGUGGGCGACGAGGGUUCAUGAGUACUUUGGGAAGGCGGAACGGAAUUCUAAACGGUAG